AUGGCUCCGGCUUCCAACGAAGAGCAGUUUAAAUUCCUCAUUAGCUGUAUCCGCUACAGCAACAAUGGCAAAGUAGACUUCGGCCAGGUUGCGAAAGAAUGCAAGAUUGUCAGCAAAGGAGCCGCAGCAAAGCGAUACGAGCGCAUGAUGCGAUCCCACGGCAUUGCUCCCAACGCGGCCACUAUCAAGCCUGCCCCCCGCAACCUCAAAUCUGAGCGGCAGCAAUCCCUCCCUUCCUCUUCGUCCCCAUCCGCGGCCAAGAAGCGCAAGACGGAAGGAUAUCUGGACGAGAAUACCACCGCCGACGAUGAUGAGGGCUUUGGCAUGGUCAAGCCCGAGCCCGCGGUCAUGAUCAAAGAGCAAUUCGUCGUCAAGGAGGAAGAGACACAUCGGCAGCAGCCAGGCCAGCUCAGUCUCGGCGACGCCGCGAACCUGAUGCAGUAUUACGAUACGCCUACCCGAUACAGUGGUGGUGACAGUGGUGGCGGCGAUGGUAGUGGUAGUGUUAGUGGUCAUGGUAAUGGCCAUGGGCUGGGGAUGGAUGAUGGCUACACCGGGGAGUAUACAGCUUCCCCGAGCUACGGUAUGAGUUCGUCCCCGUAUGGGCUGGCCUCCCACACCCACUCGCAUUCUCAGCCGCCACCGCAGGCAUACGACUUCGCCUCUCGCUCGCCCUACGGCAGUCCGGAGAUGGGCGCCGGCAUGGGUGGAAUGCAUUUGGGGGAGCCGCAGAAGGCUCCGUAUCAGUCGCUGAUGCAGUAUUCCUCGGAAGAUCAGGGAGGAGGAGGGGCAGGAGGAGGAGGAGGAGGACGGCGACAGGGAGCCCCUAUACAUGGUAGUUAUCUGAAUUGGAAAUUGGGAUUUGGAGUUCAUGAGAAUUCCUCAAUCUCAGGAUCCAAACUUUCAGGACAGCAGCACGUGAUCGCCGACUUCAUCGGCUCGUUCUACUUGGCAGAAAAGCACGAAGAUAGAGUAAACAUCCCCAAAGCAUUGCCCACGCCCAUUCCCACGCCUACGCCAGUGCUGGUAUCGCUUGCGAUCCUUUGGCAUAUAGCCUUGCGCCUCCGGGCUCCCUAUUGCGUGCGGCUCUUGGCGGAAUUCCAAAUGCCGAACCUCCCCCCACACCCACCAUACUCCGAAACGUACGUCCUCCCAAAAACGAAGUACGGAAUUCCUGUGACGGCGGACCAGUUCACGAACAAUGACUUCGACCACCGUGAUUUAGAUCCCGAUGGCACUCAAGGCGAAUGGUGGAAGAAGGUUUGGCAGGACGAGAAAGACAAGCAGCGCGCCUUGGCGCAGCGCGGAGACGCCCACCAGGAAGAUCACUCGGUCGAUAAGUAUCAGCAGUACCGUCCAACGAACGAAGAGCAGCGCAAGGAUUUUGAGGCUUGGUCAGCCGAAGCAGAGGAGCGCGACAAGAAGAAGGGGAUCGUUAAAAGACCGGAGGACGCUGUCGUUGUGGCCCGGGAAUCCAAGGUCAACACUGGAGUUACCUUACAGGAGUUUCUGACACAGGACCAAACUGGGCUACAAGGGCCAUCUGCAGCUGCGGGAGAUGGCUCCAGAGUAGAGAAGAAGAAAAGGUUCACUUUGGAACGGUGGCUGAAGAAGCUUCGAUAG